AUGGAUUACGGAACGUCGGUCCUCGAUCCAGCGUUACGAAGCGCGGAGCCGCCCGUAAACGGCCGAGACGGUGGGACAAUCACCGCCGCCGCGCCUGCAGCCCCCGCGACACACGAUAACGAGAACGCAGCUGCAGCAGCUGCCGCAUCCGGGCGAAGCGGCCCCGAGGGACAGGGACAGGGACAUCAUGACGCGGCGGCAGACACCCAAUCCCCCGAGACGCCGCACUCCACGCACGGCUCCGGCGAAACGCCGCACGACGCCCUCCAUGCAACGGACGACCCGAAGCGGCCCCGAGCCUGCGAGGCGUGCAGGGGGUUGAAGGUGCGGUGCGAGCCGGAUGCGAACGAACCAGAUGGGCCAUGUAAACGGUGUAAGAAGGCGGGGAGGAAUUGUGUGGUCACCAUGCCCACGAGGAAGAGGCAGAAGAAGACGGAUAGCAGGGUCGCUGAGCUGGAAAAGAAGAUCGAUGCCCUUACGGCGAGCUUGCAGGCGCGUGGGACCACCGCGGCCGCUGCGCCGGCGAGCGUGCCGCCGACGGUGGCUGCUACUACCCCGAGUGUGAGGGAGGAGACGCCGUUUCGAAGGGGGUGGGGGGACCAUGGAAUGGCAAGGACCUGGCCUUCGCAUGACGACGAUGGGGAGAGGAGGAGCUUUGAGGCGGCCGGAAUUAAGAGGAAGUUCAACGACAGAGGCGACACGGCAGACACGCCCGCCGAGAUCCCCGAGGCAAAUCGUCCGGCGCCGCCGAUCCAGAUGGGCGCGGACUACGCCGACGUCGUGGAGCGCGGGAUCCUCAGCGCCGAAAAGGCAUCGGAGCUGUUCGAGCGGUACAACACGCACAUGAUGCCGCACAUGCCGGCAGUGGUGUUCCCGCCGGGGACCACCGGGGACGAGCUGCGCCGGUCCAAGCCGCUCCUCUUCCUCGCCAUCAUGUCCGUCGCCUCGUCUGAGAGCCCCAACGUGCAGCGGAGGCUGGUCAAGGAGCUGAUGCAGAUCUUUGCGGAGAAAAUCAUCGUCACGGGCGAGAAGAGCCUCGAGAUCGUGCAGGCGCUGCAGGUCGCCGUGAUCUGGUACUGGCCGCCAGAGCACUUUGAAGAGCUCAAGUUCUACCAGCUCGUGCACAUCGGCGCCGUCAUGGCGCUCGACAUCGGGCUCGGCAGGAAGUCAGGCGGCAGGAAGAUGCAGAUCCCGUACCAGUGGAGGAAUCACCCGUUCAAGCGCGCGCCGCCGCCGGACCCGACGAGCCUCGAGUGCAGGCGGGCGUGGCUCGCGUGCUACUUCCUGGCGGCGAACACGAGUAUGGCGUUGCAUAGGCCGAACCUAGUGAGGUGGACGGGUUUCAUGGCCGAUUGUAUGCAGGAGUUGCAGACCAACGUAAAGGCGGCGCCGACGGAUCGUUACUUUUGUCACCUCGUUUGGACGCACCGGCUUGCGGAGGAGGUGGGUACACAGUUUGCGAUGGAUGACCCCGCCGUCGUGCCGAACAUCACGGACUCGAGGACUCAGUACUCGUUGAGGAUGCUGGAGAGGGAUCUGGAAAAGUACAGUCAGGCAGUGCCCGAGGAGGAAAUGGGAGCUACCUUGAAAAUGAGUUUCCACGUCUUGUCACUGUACAUGCACGAGAUCGCUCUGCACACGCAGCUCGACGACAUCCGGCCGCCAUUCGACACGGCGACGCUCAAGGACGGGAUGCUCCCGAACCUUACCCUCACGACCUCGCACAUCAACGCCCUCUCGGCGUGCCUCUCCGCCAUCGACGGCAUCUUCGAGGCCUUCCUCUCCAUGGAAGUGCCCCGCAUCCGCUGCCUGCCCGUCUUCAACUUCGUCAGGGUGGCCUAUGCCGUCGUCGUCCUCAUCAAGAUGUACUUCUCCGCCACCGCGCCCGGCUCCGAGCUCGGCAAGGUCAUCGACAAGGACAACAUGAAGGUCGAGUACUACCUCGACGCCCUGCUGGAGCGCUUCAGGGCCGCCGCCUCGGACGACCGUAGCCGCCCGGCCGCCAAGUUCCUGGUGGUCUUGGUCAUGCUGCGCAGCUGGUUUCUGAAGCAGAGCAAGGGGCUCGGCGGCGCCGGUCCGCCGUCGGAGGCCGUGGCUAAGGCGUUUGCGGAGUCGAAUCGCGCUUCGAGGCCCGCGGAGGGCAAUCCUGCUCCUACCCCUGCGACUACGGCUACGGCCGCCGCGGAAGAGAGACCCGCGUUCCAGCAGACGCCGGCGAUGCAGGAAUACCCCGCCGCCAACACGCCCCUCCACCUCCUCUCCGAGAUCGCCACGAACGAUCGCUCCGCCAGCAGGGGCGGCUCCAACAACAUGCUGUGGAACCCGCCCCCGUCCCGGCAGUCCUUCAUGUACGACCCCUCGGUGGUGACCCCGACCAUGGACGGCGGAUCCGGCCCGGACACCGGGGGAUCCAGCGGUGCAGGAACCGCGGCGGCAGCAGCCAUGGACGGCAACGCCGCCAGCUGGAUGCCGCAGGCAUGGCCCGGCGACCUGCAGGAUAUGGGCAUCGACGUGGGCCUCGCGGAGGGCCUGUCGCUGGAGGAGUUCACAUCCGGAUUCGGGGCUAGCCCGGGGAGCCUCACGAACGGGAUGCGGUACGUCAUGGCGCAGGACCCGUGGCUCAGCGGGUUGGGCUCGCUGGGCGAUAUGUUCGAGGGGAUGCCGGGGGGUGGUGGGCCGCCCAUGUUUCCCAUGUGA